AUGGACGCCGGCUUUCUCAAGGUGCAUUUCUUGGCUCUGAAAUUCAGCCUGCCGGAAGCCUUCUCCAAUGAAGAGCUCUCUGCAAUUGCCCUUGAGGCCCUCCAGAUCAUGGAUCACUAUCAGGCGCUUCAUCCAAUGUACACAAGUUUCCAAGAAUACGUCCGAGAUCGGCCCGAGGCGGCCCAAUUCACCAGCGAAUGGGCAAGAAAAGUGGACGGAAACCACCCAAACACGUCUUUUUUGGUCGAGGUGGACGAGGCUGCUUCCACAGAUAAGCAGAAGGUUGUCGACGAGUUCAAGCAGAUCUUGGCCGUUCUGGUGAUCCAGUGUGACUUCCGCAUGGUCCAGUUCUACUUGGGCAAGCUAGAGAAUAUCGUACAGUUUCCCGGCCAGGUUACCAGCCUUCAGGGAUUUACGGAAAACAGGUUUUUCGAACACCUCUUCUACCAAACGGUGGCAUUGAUAUUCGGUCACUGGUGGUUUGAACUGGCGAAAAAAGUGAAACACGAAAGUGACGAGCCAUAUAGUGGGCCUUCGGGACCACGAAAUAUUGCAUCUAUCGAGAAACGGACCCAUACUUACCACACCCGCUGCUCGUUUUUGUUCAAGUCGCUUGAGGACAAGCCAGAGGCGGUUGUGAACUCAAUUCAGCCGGAAUUACAGUACUACAACUUGGUGCAGUGGCUCUGUGCGCUAGCAAAGUUCACCCAGGGCAAGUUUCACGUAUUUAUUGCCGAGUUUGACAGGUUGUACGAGCACAUCCUGCCACUAGAAUGCUUGGAUCUUGGAUCUGAGACUUUGUUGAUGUAUGCGGUGGCUUCAAUUGCCACGAGACCGUUUAAAGACCUCAACUUUAAUCUGAAUGAGGCGCUAGUGGACGCUUUUACUGAAAAGGCAGGAUCCCUAGAGCUGAGGGUCUUCGAUGUUCUUACUCUUCUAUCCAACGGUGAGUUUCACGCAGCCAAGGUCUCUUUGAGUGACGAAGAGCUUCUAAAGAGACUUCAUGCUUGUCUAGGGUUUGCUUUGCCGGAUGAAAAGGAAAGCUUUUUUGAACGUCUCUGUCGUCUCAUCGACCAGAAAGCCUUUUUGUUGAUUCUUUCACUCACGAAACGUAUACUGCGGGAAAAGCUAUUAGCCAUGCUUGGCUACGCACCUGGCUCGGCCAUCUACGAUGAUGUCUCCAACAAGUUGCUUCUCUUGGUCUCUGUAUUAAUUGUCGCCUGA